AUGCCUUACCAACAGAAACAUAAGUCAGAGAACACUUCUCUAAAAAGUACUCGGAAUAUUGGAGAGGUUCGUCAAAGAAGAAGUCCUCAGAUGCAUUCGCUGUCGAGCGGAACAAUUACUCAUUUUCAACAAGUGCCUAUAUACAGUUCUCCUUCACGAGAGAAUCGAGGUGCGUCUCAGUUCGUGUCGUCCUUUCCGAAGAAAGACAAACCUGCUGCUCCUAUCAAGUUCACCAGUGGAUUCGAUACGGGAACCCAACGGACGAAAUGA